AAUACAACAAACCCAUUCACCGGACGCUACGACCGCACCGAUACGGCGGCGGCACUGCUGCUGCUAGUGGUGUCGGGGCUGACGCGGCUAUGGGGCCUGGGCCGCAGCACAAAUGUGACUUGGGACGAAGCGCAUUUUGGGCGGUUCGGGGCCAUGUACCUGAAUCGCACAUUCAUCCAUGACGUGCACCCGCCGCUGGCGAAGCUUCUGAUAGCGCUCUCGCAGCACCUGGCCGGCCACAACGGCACUUUCGACUUUCCCGCCGGCACCCCGUACCCGGACUACGUGAACAUCGCGUGGAUGCGAGCCCAGAUCGCCAUAUUCGGCUCCCUCUUGGCGCCACUGGCAUACCUGACAUGCCGCAGCAUUUUGGCCGCUGUGUUUGUCAUCUUCGAUAAUGCGCUGUGUCUGAUGAGCCGGCUGAUGGUGCUGGACGGCCCACUGCUGCUUUUCACGGCGCUGGUACUGUUCUGCCUGGUGAAGUUCUCGAAUGAAUCGCGGUCGUUUGAGAAGAUGUGCCUGGGACUGGCAUUGAGCGCCAAAUGGGUGGGUGCGUUCUCAGUGGCAUUAGUGGGCUGCUGGGUGGUUGGGGAUCUGACCAGUAGGCUGCGCACGCACACGAGCUGGCCGCGCUACGCAUGGCAUUGGAUGGCGCGUGCAUUGGCGCUGAUUGCACUGCCGCUCAUGGUGUAUAUGCUGGCGUUUCGUAUGCAUUUCCAUAUGCAGACAGAGAAGGGCUACGGUGAGCAUAUGAUGCCGGAUCAGGUUCCAGGCAACACUGCUAUAGCGAAGGUCCAGUCGGCAAGCCGCGCAUGGGAGUCCAGCGCCAAUAUCAUCUCCAAGAAGCGCUUCCACGGUGACCCAGGCACCGCAGCCAGGUUCGGGCUGAAUGCGUCGGAUAUUGGGUUUGACUGGUGGCGCAUCAAGCAUGCAGUUGGUGAGGGCGUGCAUGACCACACGCAUAAGCAUUUGUUUGUCGAUUCGCGCCAUACCCCGUACCAGAAUGCGACGUAUGGGUAUUCGUCGCGGGAUGCGAACUGGGUCAUUGAGAUGGCCAGCCAGGCGCAUAUGGGCAGCAAUGACUCGCAUUUGCUGCAUCCGCUGAACACCGAGUUCCGCCUGCGCCAUGCCACCACCGGCUGCGUGCUGAUCCCUCUCCGACCAGGCGCCUGGACAGACACAGAGGAUGUCGGCCAGCUGAUUGUCUGCGAGCCUGAAGCGUCGGCGCUGUGGCGGGUCGAGUUCAACGUGGAUCUGCGCGUGGGCUUUGAUGGCAACAGCGCGCAAAAGUUCUGCCCGCGAGAGUUUUUCGCCGACCUGAUGCGCCUGAACUCGGUGAUGGCACAGUCGAACAGCGCCCUGGUGCCGGACGCCGACAAGUACAACCACCUGGAGAGCGCGCCGUGGACCUGGCCACUGAUGCUCGAGAUGAAGCAUUAUGAGAUCGGCAACCCCUUGCUAUGGUGGACCGUGGCCCUGGUGUGUUUUGCGUACCCGGUGCAGGCGCUGUGGUGGGGCGCAGGCCAUGCCGGCGGAUGGCUGCGCACGCGGUUCUUGUGGCUCGGGUGGGCGUGGCAUUACCUGCCGUUCUUUGCCAUGGGACGGGCGCUGUAUUUUGGCCUGCUGCUAGUGGCCGAGCAGAUCGAUUGUGUGCUGGUGGUGGUGGCGUCGGGUCCAAGGCGGGUGGUGCUGGCUAGUGCAAUUGCAGCGGCGGCUUGCUUAGCCUAUCCGCCCAGGGAUCUGGCGUACCUGCAGUGGUUGCCGACGUGGAAUAUCUUUGAGGACAAGUACGAUAUUGAGUAAACCACAUAACCCCCCUUGGUGGCACGGCUUCUAGCUGUCUUGAAGUAGCUUUAUGUCUAUGAAUGCAACGUGUUUUCAUCUUGCCCAGGGUAGUGAGGCUUUAUUCAAAAGCAGCCUGGGCUGAUACAGAUACACUGCAUACAGCCAAUUCUGCAAUGCCACCUACGGUACAACGAUCAAGAUCGCACAAGAGCUGGCUUACAUGUUGGGAACUAUUUUGUGGUGGUAGACAAGUUCUCACAGCCUCAAAUUCCAUACACAAUGCACAUGGUGCCCUUUAUUCACAUAGAGCGCCUUGUGUGCCCAAUGGUGUUCUCUAUUCCCACUGGGUGUCGAGUGCAAGGCACUAGUCUGUGCAUGCUCAACUUGGCUGUUUCCAAUGCACCUUCUUUCUUCAUCUUGUUGCUGCUCACUCAACGUUACUCCAAACACUUUUUUUGAAGAC